GCGUGAUCAGAUGCUGAUGCUGUCUGUUUGUAUGACUUUGAAUUAGACAGUCUAGAAGCCGGGGUUGGUCGUCCUUCCUUCCGCUUGAGCGGUUUUAGCGCAAUGUUUCCGAUGUAGUUGUUUUUUAUCAGUCUCUGCUGAUGAUCGUGUGCAGCGGUGCGUUAGAUCGACCAUCUAAUAGUAUUAUCCUGGGUUGGGCGUAAACUGCCCAUUUACCAGGCUAGCCGGACAGCUAACUCAGCUAGCGAACGUAUCAACGGACAGUCCAGGAAAAUGAUCGGAUUAAUUCAACCUGCAGCCACAAUCGCUUGUCUGAUAAAGUGAAAUGGCAUGUGAUAAUCCUACAUUUAUGAGGGGCAAGUUGACUGAAGUGUCAAGAGGACAGAGUAUUCAUCACUGAGGGUCAUUGUCUAUGUGCAGUUUUGGAUUUCCUCUAAGAUUUAUCCACAGUAUCAUAUUUCUGUGUUGAGAAGAAGACUGAGCAGGAUGAUUAGAACUGAAGCCAACCCUGAACUGUGAGCCAGUGGAAGCCAGGCUGGACUAAUGACAAGCAUGACUUUGCGCCAAACCACAGGUGCAUGUACGCUCUCAGAGUCCACCUGACUGCUGCCACCCUCUGCUUCCUGGCUUUUGAAACUACCUAUCAGAGGGCUGGUGGAGGCGGGGCUUAGCUAGACCCCACCCCUUUGCUGACCCUCUGAGUGAGACUGGCGCCUCCUGAUGGACCAGGGUGGCAGCGAGCAGCCUGGGGCGGAGGAGCCAGACUCUGGGGGUCGAGCAGAGCGGGAGGCGAGCAGGAGGGCAUCCGAGCCUGAUCAUGGCCUGUCCAAAAUUACCCAAAAUGCCUUGGAGAACAUGGGCGCGCUGGGCCAUGGCCUGAAGCACUUCUUUCAACCUCAGCGCAGACGCUCGUCCGUCUCGCCGCACGACUACGCCUCUUCCUCCACAGGCCCCAUCCCUGAGCCACCAGAAGUAGGGCCAGAGUUGGGGGAAGCGCCUGCCGUGGUGGUCGCCACCCCUAACUCUGACCCCCACGCUUCCGCCCCCCCUGCAGCUUUGAGCCGCGUGCUGCAGCAAAUUCGAGGCCCCCCCAUGAUGAAGAGAGGGACCAGCCUACAGAGCCGCCGCAGCAAGGCAGGGGGGGGAGGGGAGGCCCCCCAGAAAGGCAGCCCCCAGAUCCACAGGCGCAGUACCCAGGAGAUUUUGCUGCAGGCAGGACGGCCACGCUCCUCCUCCACCACAGAUACUCCCAGCAGCCCAGCUUUGGCAGACAUUUUGCUGACCUCCGGGUACCACUCCACUGAGGAGGCUGAUCGGCAAGAUCGUUUGGAGGGGUCAGGCCCUGCAGUGUCUCCCAAUGCUCUGUCAACCAGCUCAGACGGCGGUCAGUACGGUGUGGAUUCAGUGGAUGGAACUCCAGACCCUCAGCGCACCAAGCAAGCCAUCGCUCAGCUACAGCAGAAGAUCCUCAAACUCACAGAGCAGAUCAAAAUCGAACAAACGGCAAGAGACGACAAUGUAGCUGAAUACCUGAAGCUGGCCAACAAUGCAGACAAACAGCAGAGUGCUCGCAUCAAGCAAGUGUUUGAGAAGAAGAACCAGAAGUCUGCGCAGACCAUCCAGCAGCUGCAGAGGAAGCUAGAGCAUUACCACCGCAAGCUCAGAGAGGUGGAACACAACGGAAUACCACGCCAACCCAAAGAUGUCCUGCGAGACAUGCACCAGGGUUUGAAGGAUGUAGGUGCCAAGGUAACCGGUGGCCUCUCUAGUAUCUCUCAGGCAACGCACUCUGCCGCGGGAGCAGUCGUGUCCAAACCUCGUGAGUUUGCCUCUCUCAUCCGCAACAAGUUUGGAAGUGCAGACAACAUCUCUGCUCUAAAAGACUCUCUGGAUGAACAACAAGGGCCUGAUGAGCCUGUAACAAGUACAAGGACAGCAAGCACUAGGACCUCAGGACCUGGGCAGCUGCAGUCCAGCCCAAAAUAUGGCAGUGAGGACGACUGCUCAAGCGCUACGUCAGGGUCAGCGGGAGCAAAUAGCACCACGGGGGCUCCCGGAGGCCCCCCGAGCUCAAAGGGUAAUACACUGGAGCAUGGCCAGAGCUCUGGCUUUGAUGCACUACUGCAUGAGAUACAGGAGCUGAAGGACAAUCAGAGUCGACUAGAAGAAUCCUUUGAAAACCUGAAGAGUCACUAUCAGAGAGACUACACAGAAAUCAUGCAGGCCCUGCAAGAGGAGAGAUACAGGUGUGAACGUCUAGAGGAGCAGUUGAAUGAUUUAACAGAACUGCAUCAAAAUGAGAUUCACAACUUGAAGCAAGAGCUGGCCAGCAUGGAGGAGAAAAUUGCUUACCAGUCUAAUGAACGAGCCAGAGACAUACAGGAGGCGCUAGAAGCCUGUCAAACACGCAUCUCUAAGAUGGAGCUUCAACAGCAGCAACAGCAAGUGGUUCAGUUGGAAGGUUUGGAAAACGCCACAGCACGCACUUUACUCGGCAAACUCAUCAACGUGCUGCUGGCCGUCAUGGCGGUGCUCCUAGUAUUCGUUUCGACGGUCGCAAACUGUGUAGUUCCGCUGAUGAAAACACGUAGCCGUACGCUUUCCACAUUGCUCCUUGUGGUUAUGUUGGCUUUUCUGUGGCGGAAUUGGGAAGCCAUGUCGCAGUACCUGGACCGGUUUCUGCUGCACCCCAGAUGACCUGCAGGGGUGCUGUGGUAUUCGUUUCGUGAAGGGACUGCAGGGCGAGAACUUUGAUUCAAAGAUGGAGACUAUAGCACUGCCUCAGUUGCACUUAGUAUGAAGGGAUGCGGCACGAGAGUGAAGGACACAGAAAAAUCGUACAACCUCUUUCUCGUUUCUUUCACUGAAGGAGUGAAUUUGUUUACAUUUUGAUCUUUUUCCGUCAACAUAAGUUGUAUUGCUGAGUUUCCUUUUAUUUGUUGUUGGAAAUGAUGCAAGUCGUGUUGUUCAUUGUUCUCGUAAUUCUCGUUAGGAUGUACAUUUAUGCAAUUUCCUAAAUGUUGCAUUGCAUUGAAUUGACUGGAGUGGUUUUAACAUGCACUUGAUGGGAGAUAUAUCUCCUCGUUUUUAAUAACAUAGCAACUGCUCUUUUCCUUCUUAACUUUAUUUAAUUUUUCUCAUCUCUUCUACUGUUGUCUUACUCUUGCUCUUCCUCUAACUCGAGUCAUUUCUUGUGCUCAUUGCUUCACUUUACCCACUCGAAACCGUUUGCUGCUGUUUGGACUUCACUGCAGUUGUUGCUGAAUGAAGGAAAAGAUGGAUUCGAGAGGAGGCAUCUGGAGUUUGAUCAGAUGGGCCGAGGAACCCGAGUCGGCCCCAUGCCCUCAAAGAGGCACAGUCCCCUAGUGUAUGAACAGAACGAACAUACUUGAAGAGCUAGAAAUGCUCAAAGACUCUCAGUGCUUCCGUACUGUUUCUUAUAGCAACAAUAAAAUAGUCCUUUUUAGUUUUAUUUUUAAAAAUGAAAUGAAUAAACACACUGGUUUAAAAAUGCUAAA